CCCAGGGGUCCCACAGCUGGUCAGCGUUCCGACCCGAGGGCUUCUGCAGCCUGCGGUCCUGGUUGGACAGCGAGCAUUACGCUCUGAUUUUUCCUGCUGCCUGGCUAGUGACCCCCUACAGGAAGAUAACGGGGGAGCCAGGAGGGCGGAGCCGCUUGCUGCACAUGUCUGGCUGCUCUUAUCAACUUAUCAUAUAAGGAAAGGAAAGUGAUUGAUUCGGAUAGUGACACUGUAGAACCAGGGAAAGAGAAACAAAGAGACAUGAGAGCUGCUCUCUGAAGCCGGCACAGCCCUCUCGAGCGAGCAGGACUGCUCUGCCCACUGCGAUCUGACAGUUUACUGCGUGCCCCGAGAGAAGUCAGCCCUGAAACCAAGCCUGCCGCUGGAAGGGAGGGACAGGCAGGCUGUCACUGACGGACUCGGCCAUGCAGCACAGCCCUGCCUUUUAGACGGCAGCUCAGAGCUUUGGACUCCCAUGCGUCUGGAAGUCUGCUGAACUGGUGGUUUACUACCCAAAGCAAGAGAAUGUGGCAGAUUGUUUUCUUUACUCUGGGCUGUGAUCUCGUCUUGGCGGCAGCCUACAACAGCUUUCGGAAGGGUGUGGACAGCACUGGCAGAAAGCAGUACCAGGUCCAGCACGGGCCCUGCAGCUACACCUUCUUGCUGCCGGAGACGGACAGCUGCCGCUCUUCCUCCAGCCCCUACGUGUCCAAUGCCGUGCAGAGGGACGCACCCCUGGACUACGACGACUCCGUGCACAGGCUGCAGGUGCUGGAGAACAUCAUGGAGAACAACACUCAGUGGCUGAUGAAGCUCGAGAACUACAUCCAGGACAACAUGAGGAAGGAAAUGGUGGAGAUGCAGCAGAGCGCGGUGCAGAACCAGACGGCCGUGAUGAUCGAGAUCGGCACGAACCUCCUGAACCAGACAGCAGAGCAGACGAGGAAACUGACGGACGUGGAGGCCCAGGUUUUAAACCAGACAACAAGGCUUGAACUUCAGCUUCUGGAACAUUCCCUUUCUACAAACAAAUUGGAAAAACAGAUUUUGGACCAGACCAGUGAAAUAAACAAACUGCAGGACAAGAACAGCUUCCUAGAGAAGAAGGUGCUGGACAUGGAGGACAAGCACACGCUGCAGCUGCGGUCCAUGCGGGAGGAGAAGGACCAGCUGCGGGUGCUGGUGUCCCAGCAGAGCUCCGUCAUCCAGGAGCUGGAGAAGCAGCUCGUCACCGCCACUGUCAACAACUCGGCCCUCCAAAAGCAGCAGCGUGACCUGAUGGAGACGGUGCACAACCUGCUGACCCUGGUGUCGGUGUCCGGCUCUAAGAACCCUAUUGUUGAUAAAGAGGAACGGAAUAUUUUCAGAGACUGUGCUGAAGUAUUCAAAUCCGGACUCACCACUUCUGGCGUCUACACGCUGACGUUUCCCAAUUCCACAGAAGAGAGAAAGGCCUACUGCGACAUGGACACCAGUGGCGGCGGGUGGACCGUCAUCCAGCGCCGCAAGGAUGGCAGUGUCGACUUCCAGAGGUCGUGGAAAGAGUACAGGAUGGGCUUUGGCGACCCUUCUGGAGAGUACUGGCUGGGGAACGAGCUGGUCUCACAGCUGACGAACCGGCAGCGCUACCUGCUCAGAAUACACCUGUGGGACUGGGAGGGCGGCGAGGCGUACUCGCUGUACGAGCACUUCUACCUGUCCAGCGAGGAGCUCAACUACAGGAUUCACCUUAAAGGACUUUCAGGCACAGCCGGCAAAAUAAGCAGCAUUAGCCAGCCAGGAAAUGACUUUAGCACAAAGGAUGCGGACAACGACAAAUGUAUCUGCAAAUGCUCGCAAAUGCUGACAGGAGGCUGGUGGUUUGAUGCAUGUGGCCCUUCCAACCUGAACGGAAUGUACUAUCCACAGAAGCAGAACACAAAUAAAUUCAAUGGUAUUAAGUGGUACUACUGGAAGGGGUCAGGCUACUCACUUAAGGCCACCACCAUGAUGAUUCGACCGGCAGAUUUCUAAAUGCCGUCUGCAUACCCCAGAAAGACUGUGCUGGAUUCUUCCCACAGCUAAUCCCAAAGCACUGAGAGACACUGCUGCAYUCCAUCCCUCACCCGAGACAGCGCUGGGUGCCCACGGACCCAUGCUCCAGACGACAACCUCAACGUCAUCGCUGACCCGCACCACUUAACGAGCCAAAGCAAAACCCAAACUAGCCAGGACCUGGCACUGUGGUCUGGUGGACACCUAUGCGAAGAUGAAUUCACGGCUGAGAGAGUGACAAUUCACAGACUCUGCUGUCACAACCAAGAAUGUCAUGCUCGAGUUCAUCAGUAAAUAACUGGAAAACAGAACACUUGUGCUAUAUAGUAGAGAUAAUCUUGGAACGGAUCCUCUAAGCACUGUUUAUGGGUUGUGUAAAUAUUCACGUGUCCUGAAUUCAGCAACACUAUCACAAUUACAAGGAAGACAAACUUCUMUAAGCCAUAAAAAUACACUCUAUAUUCAGGGAUUUUCUCAUUAGUGGUUAUUAGCAGUUUAAUAUUUGGAAAUAACAGUGCAUCUUUACUCCUCUUAGCUACUUUAAAUUUUCAUUACCCAAAACAGCGUAUUUACUUAUCUGUUGACAGCUUAGUUUUAAGUUAAUGCUCAAAUACAUAUUUCAAAUUGUAUGCCAUUUUAGUUUCUAUGAAGAUUGUACUAUUUUUUUUCCAGUAUGGCUGUUAAAUAUGAAGGUAUUUUAGUAAUUAAAUAUAACUUAUUAGGUGAGAUGAUUAUGUUUAACUUUUAUAAUAAUAUUUACAAUUUUGUAAUUUGGUUACAAAAUACCUGUGCCUUAUUACAAGGAAAAGUUUGAUUUUCAAUGAAGAAAAUUAUGCACUUUACUAUCUUCUCAGACUAUAGGAUUUUCUCAGUAUUCUAAUACAGACAUGUACUUUCUCUUCUAGUAAGCUCUAUUUUAGAAAACUGAGCUAAAUUUAAUUUGUGGUUUAGAAAAACAUUCCAUUUAAGACAUUGACAAAGUUAUAGACUCACCUCUGAUUUUAUUUAAGAAAAAAUAUUUGCAUUAGUGUUC